AUGUUGGAUGGAACCGAAUCGCCUUCGAGCAGCUCUUCGAGUGAAACGGAUUUCCCAUUUAGCCCCUCGGAUUCCUCCGCCACCGAUAUCACGGAUGACUCUGAAUUGGAGACUCCAGUCAAAGGUCGAAAAUCCUCAACCAAACCAACCCAUGACGUCCCCAAGACAUCUCAGAAUGAAGAAAAGGACGAAUUGGAGAGAACCGAGGAUAGGGAUAGCCAGAGAAAAACCGGCGAUACACAAUCCCCGACCAAGACCAUAGGAAAGACCAAAAAAGCAAAGACUUUAAAACACCGACUCAGCGCCUCUUCUCUGCAGUUAGUGGAUAUUACCGAUGCAUUGUCAAGCAAUAAAAGGAGAGCUAAGGAGAGCUCAACUUCUUCUGAUAGGAGUAAUGAAUGGGUCUCCGACCAACAGAAGCGUAUAAGUGAAACAACAUUAACGGCACCGAAGACCCGGAGGCCAUUGCGGCAACCCACAAUCGAGUAUUGGACAGCAAAACAGGCCAGCCGUAUCAGCACUGAUUUCUCUACGGGGUGGGUUCUCAGAGGUAGAGCGGUCAGCGAUGUUGGAGGUGCCAGGAAGAAGCCCGCUUUGGAUUCAGUUGGUUCGUCGGCGCAGAAUCAACAUACCGAUAAAUAUCCGCCACCCAAUUCAAUUAUACCAAGAGUUACCAUUUCCCCUCCGGAAGAUAGUGAGACCAACUCAGCCCAGGGUACGGACGACCAACGCAAACUGAAUAGCAAGAGCGCGUCACCGGGAGACGGCACAAUCCAAGAGGCAUUGGCUUUCCUCCUCUCAACAACGCAAACCUCUUCGGCGUCUACCAAGGAGAAAGUCUCAAUGCGAAAAUCGCUUUCUAAAAUUAUACCGUUCGAAAUUCGUGAGCAUCUAAGAGAAGACAACCAACAUUGUCCAGCAUGGACAACUAAAGGCUUGCGAUGCAAGAAGCAGCACAGAGCAAAUGUCUCACACAUUAUACACACCUUAGACAACUUGACUGCCAUCAAACCUAGUCAAUUGUCGCAGUGCAUGGAGGAUUUGAUCACUGCGACCGUAUGUUCUGCGUCGCAUCAAAGAGUCGCACGGAAUGAGGUACAAAUCUGGGAAAGAGAUAUCGACAAACUUUGUGAGAAUCACAACUACACUGUCUCCCCUUCAAAUUACCGCCUUUCAGCGCUCGCCGAGUGGAUUAGUACUCUUGGUACAGGAGAAAGUUUCUCCAAAAAGGUGGAAUCCUCCCCUCCAGCAACAGUUAAGGGCAACAUUCCCAGCAACAUCCCAAAGAUAUUCCCCUUGAUCCAAAAGUUUAGGCCCUACAUCACCAAGAAAUCAGCACAUUCUUCUGUUUCCGAAGUCCUCGAGAAGCUUCUGAUCGAACCUCUCACUACGAGAGAGAUCAAGGACGACGGAAAUGUAUAUGUUUACUGGCAACCGGGGAAUUUCGGGCACCUUAAAAUCGGCCUGUCAAAUGAUAUUACCAAGCGCAUGAAGAAAUGGAACAGCGACUGCAAGAAGCCGAUGGAAGUGUAUUAUCCGAAACUGGGUGGUGAUGAGGAGUUUCCCAAUGUCAAACAUGUCUACCGCGUAGAGAAGCUGGUGCACACGGAACUGAAAAACUGCAGACGGAUUGAGGAAAAGUGCCCGGGAUGUGGACGAAAUCACGUGGAAUGGUUUGAGGUUUCGCGCGACCUUGCAGUCCAGGUUGUGCGCAAGUGGAUGGCAUGGAUAAAGGAAGCUCCGUAUGAGGAGCGAUCAUCUAAAACCAAAACGGAGUGGGUAUUGAAGGACGAGCAAAUGAAAAAAUUAAAGGAACUGUCACAGCCACUCAAGGCGGUGUCAAUUUCCCCCCAAGUUAUGGAGAAGGGAUGGACCAAAGGCCCUCGUCAUGGUCAACGGCUCUCAGUUUCUGGAAGUAUUGGGACGAGAGCACUACGAUCGAGGAGCAAAUCAAUGUAG